AUGCCACCUUCCCUGGAGGAAGAAAUCCCACCAGAAUUCUUUCCCGAUAUACUAAUUGUGAAAGAUGCGGCUGGAGGCAUCAUUCGUUACCACUCGUCAGAUCAUGCGCCUGUCGCUGAUGAGUACUCUUCUAUACUUGAUAAGCCAGUCAAAUUCAGACGAGUUCUGCCCUCUCCGACAGACGAUCCCAAGAAACGAUCGUCUUCCUUGGCACAAACGUUGCGCGUGGCGGAGCUGCGCCUCUCUCUUAGCUAUAAGCUGGGAAGUGGGAGCCAUUCUGACGUCUACCUCGUUCCACUCAGAUUACCCCGUCCACUUUCUGCUCGAACUCCCACUGGAGAAGUUUCCGUUGCUUGCAAAAUGGCACAUGAUAGGUCCUGUGAGGCACGGGAGCUUCUUGAGAAUGAAGCGAGUGUAUACGCUUCGCUCCCUAGCCACAUGUUCGAAGAGUGGAAUGGAUAUAAUCUCCUUACGCCUGAAUUCAGGGACCCUGUCCCUGUUGGUCCCGUGGCUCCGAAAUUCUUCGGUUACUAUAAGGCCACCUACGACCCAGAGUACUAUGCUGAGGAAGAGAAGGAUCUCGAUGAAGAAUCCAGGGAAAGCACGAAAGCGUUCAUCGAAGGACUGAGCCCUAUUCUCUUGAUGGAGCACUGUGGGGAACAGAUUGAUCCAGACGAGAUGCCUGAGGAUGAUCGGGACGAAUGCAUGUCUCUUUUAUACCGAAUGCACCUCGAGAACUAUAAGCACGGUUCUGCUCAUGUUCGUAACAUUGUAGUCCAACCUGGACCGCUUACACUCCCGCCAUGGCGUCGCAGUCUGAAACACCCUUCGUUCCGCAUGGUUGAUUUUGGUCGCACAAUGUAUUUCUCUGAUUAUAUCGAGGAGUGUAGGAGAUCGAGGCCAAGGGAUGAAAAUUGUUAUUUUGCGCCACGCGAGGAGAGGAAGACGCUGAAACGGGAAUUGCUAUACGAGGAAUGGUGGGAGUAA